GUGAUAGAGAAAGCACACGCACAAGAGCGAGAGAGAGAGAGAGAGAGAGCAACUGUGUGACAGAGGGAAAGAGAAUGAGGCAAGCUGCUUAGAGGAGUGAGAGAGCCAAGGAAGAAAUAAGGAACACAUUUUACAAGAGCAGGAAGAGGGAGGAUCGCAGACGAGGGACUCCUUCUCCACUGGACACCUGGGACACUGUCACUGUGGGGUUUUUUCACUCGUCUUCUAGCUGGAACCCAGUGGAUUGACUAACCGACCGGUGGAUUUCUUUUUAAUACACGCGUCUGCCUACAUCAUUCAGAAACUGGGAUCAUUCCUCUGUGUGCUCUGUCCUCUUGCUGUCGAUCGACCGACCACAUCUCUCCCACUGACUGAGAUUUGCUUCCUGUGCCGGGCGCUCAUAUUGUCUCGAUUCUGCUCCGUGCACAAAGUGCAUCUGUCGGCAACCGGUGCUGAGGAUAUCUCCCCUCUCUGUCAAACAGGACAGCACGCAGCCACUGUCGGAUCAGACUACAGAGGAGAGAGAGAGAGCGAGAGAGAGAGAGGGAGGGAGAGUGUGUGUAUGUAAGAGAGGGAAAGAGAGAGAGAGGGGCAGUGAGAGAGAGUCAGAUUCACAGUGUGUUUCAGAGAGAGGCAGAUUAAAGCCCAGGCAACAACAAAAAAGACUGGAGUGAAGCAGCUUAAAUAGAGAAGUGAACCUAUACGUCCUCUUCCCGUUUUCCUUGCCAUCCCUCUCCUCCUCCUCUCCUCCUCCUCUUCCUCUCCCAUUCUCCAACAUUUUACAGGACUGCCAGAGCUACUGCCACCUGCACCGCUUCUCUUUCCUCCUCUUCCUCCACCUCCCCCUCGCCACACUUACAAUCCGACACCGGCCGCUGACAGAGACGCUGAGCCCGGUCCCGGAGCACUUGUGGAAAUAUUUCAAUUGAUCCAGCAGUGAGAGACUGAGCGAGCAUCCGCCCCAGCGCUGAGGCUUCCGGACCGUUCAUCAGGACCUUCUCCACGCUGCUGUCCCCCCCGCACACGCAGACCCUGCCUUCUCCCUGGAGGACCGGUACAGCGACACAGUGGUGCGGACAGCGAAGACAGGAAUCGCUCAGCCUCCUCCGCUGCCUCCAUUCCCACUGCUCGCAAUUUGGCAGCUCCCAACCCGGUGUCACCAUUCCCUGCCUCUGUGCUAAGGAUUCCAGCUACAUGGGCAAGCGAUUGGAGCAGCAGCCAAUGUACCCUCAGUACACCUACUACUACCCCCACUAUCUCCAGACCAAGCAGCCCUAUGCUCCACCCCCUCAUCCAAUGGCUCCUCCCAGCCCCAGCACCAACAGCUGCAGCCAUGGAGGGGCGGAGCAGCUGAGUAAGACCAACCUUUAUAUCCGAGGCCUGCCACCCGGGACCACCGACCAGGACCUCAUCAAACUCUGCCAACCGUAUGGAAAAAUAGUGUCAACCAAGGCCAUUCUGGACAAGAACACCAACCAGUGCAAAGGCUAUGGCUUUGUGGAUUUUGACAGCCCAGCUGCGGCACAGAAGGCCGUGUCGUCUCUCAAAGCCACUGGGGUGCAGGCCCAAAUGGCCAAGCAACAGGAGCAAGACCCCACCAAUCUGUACAUCUCCAACCUGCCGGUUUCUAUGGACGAGCAGGAGCUGGAGAACAUGCUGAAGCCCCUGGGUCACGUCAUCUCCACGAGGAUACUGAGGGACGCCAACGGGGUCAGCAGAGGAGUUGGUUUUGCCAGGAUGGAGUCCACAGAGAAAUGUGAAGUAGUGAUACAGCAUUUCAAUGGAAAAUACCUGAAAACCCCGCCAGGCAUCCCAGUCACCCUAGACAUAGGAACAAACUUGGCCAAGGAGAGAACAGGCAAGAAUGUCACAAAAUCGAGACACAUGUAGAGACAAG